AUGCCGCCCCGCGCCUCCGCCGCCGCCUCGGGCGCUCAGAGCACCUUUGGCCUGCCUGAUGCCAACCAAGAGGUCGUCUGUCCGCUGCGCAAUCAGGAUGGCUCCAAUUGCAGGAAGCGAUGUCUGGGUGAGAAGCGUUUCCGCUCCAUGCAGGAGCAUAUUCGCCGUGCCCACCCCGAGUACUACAUUCCGAAGCUACCGGCCACCAAGGAGAGCUUCGAGUUGAUGAUAUCAACACCACCYCACGAAGUUCGCCCCGCCGAGAACUCGUUGCAGCUCCAGCAGCAGCCGCAGCAGCAACCGCAACACUCCCAUCAUCACUCUGACCCGUCAGGCUAUCAUGCUCUUGGCGGACACGAUGGUGGCUACUACACGGCCAAUGACACAGACGCGGCGCAGAUCUUCAACAACAUGCAGUUCCAGCAACAGCGGUCGUCGGAUGAGUAUCGUCGCGGCUCGCUGAUCCCCGCUGCGUCGGCUGCCGCUGCCCUGGCACAAUUACACUCGCAUAGAGGAGGUGAUGCGGAUUGGGGAGCAGGAGCAGACGCAUUGGGACAGACCUACUACAGCGAUGCAAACGACAUCAAGCCGAAUCCCUUCCACGUCGAUCCCCAGCUCGAAGACUCUACAUAUUUGCACGAUCAGCCACAAUUCCCCAGCACAUCUCAAGACAUGCCCGGGCUGAUGCCGAGCAGUCUGGCGCGUUCCCCCAACGAUCGCUCCACCACUCUACCGCCUCUCCAGAGAAGUCUGUCGAGAGGCGGAGGGCAGUACAAUCGUCCUAGAAAGUCCAGUCUAACACAACAAGCACGAGUAUCAAAGCAUGAACGGAAAAAGUCAAAAGAGAUGCUGAAGCGUUCAAGCGGCGAGCGUAAGGCGCUCAGUGUUGAGCCGGGCAACAACCCCGCCUUCCUCUACGGUAAGCGGUGGGAAGACUUGAUCGAUGCCGCAGCCAGUGCUACUGAGGAGGAGGGAUCUCGUGAUCUAACGCCGAUACCGGCAUCGCCUUAUCUCUCACCACAAGCAACCUCACGCACAAGUCUACCGCCACCUUUUGGAGGCCUAGGAGCACAAUUCCACAAUUCCUUCCAGGCGUCCCCACUCAAUCGAGCAUUGACACCUCCCUCAGCCCACGAAACAGGAUUGGAUCAUCUACAAACCUAUCCAUCCGUGKACAGCAGUCUCAGCAGCAACCUAUCCCAUCAACACCACGACUCUGCAGACUCGGGUUCCCAAUUCCAAAUUAUGAACCCUUCCUCCAUUGACACUGAAAGCUCCCCCGUGUUCACAAAUGCCGCUGGCGGCGGAUUGAGCGGCGGGAGUAGCCCAGUUCAGAUAUAUUGCACUGGGUGUCGAAGAAUGUGCAUGCUGAAGGAUGCUUUUGCGUGUACGGGAUGCAUAAGUGGAUUGUGCGGACCCUGUACGAACGCGAUCAUCUCGGAGCAGAGCCGAGGAAGGAUGAGUAUGUGUCCUCAUUGCCAUGCUAUGGAUUCUAGUUAUAAGCCUUUUCGCCUCGAGUUUAGGUGA